AUUAAAACAACCGAAAAUGCACCGUAACAUGGGAAGGCAGUUUGAUCACUUCAAGUUCAGUCUUUUGUCCAGUCACAAAUAUCGCCGAUUGGAUUCUCGAAUAAACAUCAACAAGAAAAAGUUGCUCCUGGUUUCAGGACUAGCAGCAAUAGUGGUAAUUGCUGUUGCUUUGGGGUUGUACUUUGGACUUAAAACCAGUAAAGAUGGCCUCGAAGAAGAGGUUCGCAUUCUCACCGGAGGAGCGGUCACUUCCAACGGUGAAGAAUGUGCCCAAAUUGGCGCCGAUAUCUUGCGACAGAAUGGUUCCGCAGCAGACGCAGCCAUCGCCAUUUUGUUCUGUGAAGGAGUCACAUGUCCUCAGAGUGCGGGAAUCGGAGGUGGAUUUUUCCUGACGAUCUACGACCGGUCCACCAAAACAGCUCGAACGCUGGAUGCUAGAGAAACGGCACCGGCAGCAGCAACCCAGAACAUGUACCUUAAAGAUCAGAACAAAGCUGUUGAAGGAGGCCUGGCUGUGGCUGUUCCCGGAGAGAUCAAGGGUUACUGGGAGGUGCACCAAAAGUACGGCCAGCUAGAUUGGAAAUCGUUGAUACAACCGACGAUUGAUCUCUGCCGCAAUGGCAUUCUAGUCACGGGCUACUUGGAUCGUAUUCUCAAAAGCCGCGAACAACGCAUCAAAAACAUUCCUUCGUUGAGCGAAGUCUUCAUCAACCCCGAGACAAGCUCCACGUGGCGUGAGGGUGACCGGAUCAAGCGCCUAGUAUUGGCAGACAGUUUGGAAGUGAUCGCAAAUGAAGGUGCAGAUGCACUGUACAGCAAAAAUGGAACCUUGCUACCAAAAGUUAUGAGUGAUCUCAAGCAAUUCGGCAGUAUUAUAACCCCGGAAGAUUUUUACAAUUAUGAACCACGUUGGCUGGAACCGGCAACGACUAUGCUUAAGGACGGAAGCCACGUGUUUUCCAUGCCAGCCCCGGGCAGUGGACACGUGCUCAAUUACAUGCUAAACAUUCUUGACGGCUACGAUGGCCUAGGUAAAGAUCCACUAACCUGGCAUCGCAUUGUUGAAGCUUUCAAACACGGUUACGGAAUCCGAACCCAACUGGGAGAUCCGCCGUUUGUGCCGGGCAUCGAUGAAUCGUUGCGAAAACUUACCAACAAGAACUACGCUGCGUUUAUUCGCGACGGUAUUCUGGACAACAAAACGUUCACGGACUACGAACAUUACGGAGCGAUCUUUUCCAACGAAGAGGAUCAUGGAACGGCUCACAUUUCAGUGCUGGCACCGAAUGGAGAUGCCGUGGCUGCGACGAGCACCGUAAAUUAUGUAAAUCCCCACCGAAAGAAAAUAAUCGCCGGCGUAAUAGUGCUGAGCUUGCUCCUGGUCGCGCUGGUAUGUGGACUGUACUACGGAUUAGCACAACCCCCGGACCAGGUUGGUCAUCGGGCGGCCGUCGUAGCGAACGGUCACGAGUGUGCCGCGAUUGGUGCGGAAAUCCUGCGGCAGAAUGGAUCCGCGGCGGAUGCGGCAAUCGCGACCUUAUUUUGCGAAGGAGUCACCUGUCCCCAGAGCAUGGGCAUCGGCGGCGGCUUCUUGCUGACCAUUUAUGACCACGCGAAUCGGAAAGUGGAGACGCUGAACGCACGGGAAACGGCUCCGGCCGGUGCGACGGUGGAUAUGUUAGUUAAGGAGUACAACUCUACCGUAGACAAGAGAGGGCUUAUCAUUGCGAUUCCGGGCGAAUUGAAAGGCUAUUGGAUGCUUCAUCAACGGUAUGGAAAACUGCCUUGGGGUAAUCUAGUGAAGCCUACGAUAGAUCUGUGCCGGAAGGGACACAUGGUGACGGCCUACUUGGAUAGAAUUUUGCGAAUUACUGAAAAGAAGCUCCUGGCUGAGCCGUCCAUGCGGGAGAUUUUUAUUAACCCAAACACAAACAAAACGUGGAAAGAAGGUGACUACAUCAAGCGAUUGGCCCUGGCCGAUAGUCUGGAGGUCAUUGCAAAGGAGGGUGUUCACGCACUGUACAGUAAGAACGGAACCCUUUUACCGAAGCUGAUGAAGGAUUUGCAGAGCUUUGAUAGUAUUUUAACCGAGGAGGACUUUUAUAGCUAUGAACCACAAUGGGUAACCCCCUCAUCCGUGGCAAUCCGCGGAGGUAACGUAGUCCACACUUUCCCUCUACCAGGAAGUGGAACUUUGAUGAACUUCAUGCUCAACGUUCUCGAUGGGUACCAAGAUCUAGACCUCAAGGACCCACUCACGUGGCAUCGUGUGGUGGAAAGUUUCAAACACGGAUACGGCCACCGGACCAGAGUCGGCGAUCCACAGUAUGUGUCCGCCAUCGGAGGAAUGCUGCAAAAUCUCACCAGCGCCGAUUAUGCGGAGUACAUCCGGAACAAAAUCGUGGACAAUGUAACGUACUCGGACUUUGCUCACUACGGCGCAGAAUUUGCCAACGUGCAAGAUCAGGGAACGGCUCACGUGUCCGUGCUGGCCGCGAAUGGUGACGCAGUGGCGGCAACCAGUACGAUCAAUUACUUGUUGGGCGCCAAGAUUCGAUCCCGCUCGACUGGCAUCAUUCUGAACGACGAAAUGGACGACUUUUCAUCGCCGGGUACAACCGGAAAUACGUACGGUCUCCCGCCAUCUCCCGCAAACUUCAUCGCUCCCGGCAAGCGUCCACUUUCCUCGAUGGCUCCCACGAUCGUUACGAACAACGCCAGUGGCGUCCGGAUGGUGGUGGGAAGCGCGGGUGGCUCGCGGAUUACUACCGCAAACCUGAUCAUACUGUUCCGCCACAUGUUUUUUGGAGAGGACCUCAAAACGGCGUUGGCCUCACCGCGAUUGCACCACCAGCUGGCGCCCAUGUCAGUCGAUUACGAGGCGGGUUUCGAUCCGGCGAUCCUCGAUGGGUUGCGCACACGAGGUCACGUGGUGGUGGAGAAAAAGCCCGACGCCGGAUUUGCUGCGGCGACUGCCAUUACCAAAGAUGUGAACGAUCACGUGGCAGCAGAGUUUGAUCCUCGGAGAGGGGGUAGUGUGGAAAUUGUGCAUUGAUUUGUUUUUUUUUUUUGCGAGGAAAUUGCCAAAGUUCGUUUUGUUGCUUUACUAAAAGUCGUAAAAAAUAAAUUUCAUUACAUUAUUUUCCGUCCAUAA